AUAUGUUUCGUAGUGCAGCAAUCUUAGCCUUAUGUGGGAUCUUAACUCUUACUUCAGGAGGAAGACACAAACCGUGGAAUUACGAUGAUGAUGCUGUUAGAAGUUGGAGUUAUCGACCAAGCCCAGAAAGCAAAAUUCGUUGGGCUUAUAAGGACGAUGAAGGCGAUUCCAGUUGGAGAUUGAUUUAUCCAAGUGGACAACCAACUACAGAAAAACCAACAACAACUACAACAACAACAACCACAACAACUACAACCACUGAAGCACCAACGACUACCGAAGAACCAAUGACCGAAGAAGAAGUUUGGACUUAUACAACUGGAGAAGAUUCAAUGACUUGGCCUUGCUUGUAUAGAGGUUGUCGUGGUGCGAAUCAGUCUCCAAUCAACAUUGACACAGAAGCCAUUGUUGUCAACAACAGUUUAACUCCACCUUCCAUUUCCAAUCUCAAUGUUCCACUUCAGAAUCUCACCAUACAAAAUACCGGUUAUGAUGUUAAUAUCCGCAUUCCCGCAUCGGCUAAUAUAACAGCUACUGCUGAAUGGUUGGAUGGUACAUAUCGACUGAAUGCUAUUUAUUUCUAUUGGAGUAAUACUAGCAAAAGAGGUUCUCAACAUACCGUUGACAGCAAAUACUUUCCCAUGGAGGCAAUUUUAUUAUUCUUGAAGAGUGAAUAUACGACUGUUGUCGAUCGUCCUGGUGCCGUCUUAGCUCUAAGUGUCCUCUUAAAAAUCAAACCUUUCGAUAACGAUUACCUGAACCCAAUCUUCGAUAGUGUAGAAAGCAUCACUUAUCCAUCAACUAAUAUAAUCUCAACACCACUUCGUCUUAGAGGCCUCCUCCCUUACGAUACCAACUCUUUCGUGCGUUAUACAGGUUCUGCAUUCGCUCCUCCAUGUUACGAAGGAUGGACUUGGAUCGUAUUCCAUCAUGCUAACAGCGUGAGCCAAGGCCAGAUGGAAAGAUUGCGCCAAUUAAGAAGUAGCGAAGAAGGAGCCAGUGUUGAAACAUUCAUUAGUAACAACGCUCGUCCAAUUCAACCUUUGAACGAUCGAACUAUCGAAAGCACUCCACCACCGCGUAAUACUUAUGUCCAUAAACUUUAUCCCCACAAGGUGUAUGCUCCUAGUUUCGACUGGUGAUGAAAGAUAUUAUGGACUGUAUCCACAGGAUUUUUUUUUCGAUUUAUGAGAAUUCUGUACAGAUAUUUUCCAUCUCUACUGGGUUCUUUGAUAUUUAUGC